AUGGAAAUCUCUGAUCGAAUUGAACAGUUCACAAAAAUGAUGGAAGAGGAUGAACUUCUUUUGAAAUCAACUGCAAUCCAUUAUUUUCGGAAACUAUUUGCAACCGAAAGAGACAAAUCAAAAGUUCCCGAUGAAUCGCCGUUUUAUUUGAGAAUCGUUAGUUUUGGUUUUGCGAAUACAAACUGACUUCUGAUAUUUAAAUAAAUCCUUUCAGAUCAAUCAAAUAAUUCGGGCCCUUUCAAACAAUUAUUUGGAUCAUGAUUCUCAAGCUGAUGCCAUUUGGGUUGUCACAAAUAUGUGUUGUUUGAAUCAAAAAAUCAAUCACUUAUUUGUUGAAGCUAAUUGCAUUGAUAUUUUGGUGAAACAAUUAACAAAUGGCGAUCGAAAAAUAGCAAAUCAGUGUAUUUGGGCAAUUGCGAAUAUUGCAGCUGAUUGUAUUGAUUGUAAAAUGAGAUGUCGAUCUGUUAAAGUUUUCAAACAACUUGUUCAAAAAUUAACAAAAUCUUAUGAAAUGAAUCAAGUUGAUCGUCGAAAUCUUAUUUGGUGUAUCAAUAAUUUGACAUCUGGUGGUAGAAUUCAAGUUCCGAAUACUGUUGCAAAAUCAAUGAUUCGAGCUUUAUCUGAUAAUUUGUUUAAUUCAAAAGGAUAUCCAACAGAAUCAGCCAGCAAAAUUCUUUGGUCUUUAGCAAAUAUCGCAGAUGAUAUCAAUAAUUUGAAUCGUAUUGAUAUGAUACUUGAUCAAUCUGAACUAGUUCAAAACUGUUUGAGUAUAUUUUUGGAUUCCACAUAUUCGCAACUUCAUACAGCAGCUCUUCGUCUAAUUGGAAAUAUUGCUGUUGGAAAUAACGAGCAAACUGAUCGACUGUUGGCUUUUUCCAAUUUUCGUUAUGUUCUCGAAUUAGCAAUGACAAAAGUCGAACAUCGAAGUGAAGUUGCUUGGAUUUGUUCGAAUAUUUGUGCUGGUCUUCCAAGACAUAUUGAUUAUUUAUUGAUAAAUGAUAAAUUCUAUAGAUGGGUUCAAGAAGGAAUUCAAUCGAAAGAGAGAAGAUUUGAAAAAGAGUGUUUAUGGAUUGUGGCAAACUCGUUGGUUUCUGGAGAUGAAGCACAAAUUGAAUGGCUUGUUGAACAGGUUUGAUUUUCAAAGAGAUAGAAAAAGAGUGCGAAUUGACAUUGAAAACAUUUUUUUGAGUACUGUAGUUUUUCUGAAAAUUUACAUUUCAAAAUCUCAAAUGACUUUCAAAUUAUUUUCCAACAAAAUUUACGACAAAGCUCCGUGUCUCGGAGUAGUUUUUUCUAAAAAAAAAACCAAUUUUCAGGGUGUAAUAUUCCAAAUCGCACGCCUUUUGAAAAGUGAAGAUACUCGUUUAAAUGAAAAAGGAUUGAGUGCAGCAAUUCAUAUAAUUCGAGAAUAUCCUUGGCAACAAAGAUUAUUCGAAGAAUUGAAAAUUGUUGAAUGCAUCGAUACUUCAGAAUCUCCAAUGCUAUUUUCUGCUCAAAAACGAGAACUCGAAAUAAUAUUGACAAACUCGGCAACUCCAAAAAUACCGAAAAUUGAAGAUGAAUUCAAAUACUUGAGCUUCUCAAAAAUCGAAUGA